AUGGACGUAAUUGAGUGAAAGCAGUGAUAAAAAUCAUGAAAUCUAUUUGCCGUGAGUUGUAUUGACUUGUAUUGACUAGUAUUUCAUGACUUGUGGUGAGACAUGUGGACCGACGGCGUGUUAAUUGUAUUCAUAUCCAUAUUUACGGCACUUCUCGGCGAAGGGCUCACAUGGCUUAUGGUCUACAGGACUGACAAAUACAAGCGAUUGAAGGCCGAAGUGGAGCGACAGUGCAAACGAUUAGAGAAGAAGAAGGAGACCAUCGGUGAGACCAAUGAUAAGCAAAUGAAGAAGAAGUUGGAGCGCGAAGAAGAGAAGCUCAAGAAUCACAACAGAGAUCUGUCUUUAGUGAAGAUGAAGUCUAUGUUCGCCAUCGGCUUCGCCUUCACGGCGUUGCUGUCGAUGUUUAAUAGUAUGUAAGUUAUCACCAAAACACGAGUCCACUCUGGAUAUCAGUAAAAGGGGU